CAGUCGGGUGAACAUGAUAGUCGUUGCUCAAUCUGCCUUGAUGACUUUAUAAAAGAUCAACAUAUUAAAAGACUACCAAAAUGCUCUCACUUUUAUCACGCAGAAUGCAUUGAUGAAUGGUUAACCUCAAGCAAAACCUGUCCACUUUGUAAAACAGAAUUAUAA